AUGCUUUAGGAAAGCAGCCAUAUCUAGAGCAAAACAACUCUCAAUGAUAAAAAAGGCAUUUCUUUUAAAAUGUAUGGUUCUCGAAGAAUAGCAAGGUAGCGCAAUCGCAAACACUCUAAAGGGAUUCAUUCAAGAGAAUGUUGGGACACACACACAUAUGAUAUUUUCCAUAUGAAUUAAUACAUAAACUAUUGGACUUAUGUGGACAUAUUAAUUUAAUUGGUUAUUUUAAGAGAAUUUAUCGACAAGGAAAACAUUCAGAAGGAGAACCUAACUAACAACGACUAACAAAGGAUGUUCAAGGUAAGUAGCAGUUUCUAUGGCAAUUGCUUUGAAAUUUAAUAGAGAGGUUAAUUUUUAUUCAGAAAAAUAAGGAAUGUUGAGUAUCUUAGAUUGAAAAUUUAUGAGUAGAUAUCAGUAAGGGAAUUUCCUAAUCUGGAAAUUCACUAAUAUAUAUAGAUUUAACAAUGUUUGGAGAUAAAAAGCUCCAAAACUGAUAAAUUAUAUUUCUAUCUAUGGUAUUUCGAAAAUAUUUUCUGA